AUGGCUGGCAGAGCUCGGCGCCCAUUGCUGGUGCUGCUACUCGUCGCCGGCGUUGCUGCCACCGCAGAGUCCAAGGUGUACGCUCCGGCGGAUAGGGUGUUGCUCAACUGUGGGUCGACGACGGACGGCCUGGACGCGGACGGCCGGAAGUGGGUGGCUGACACGAACGACAACACGUGGCUGACCGACUCCGGCAAGUCGUCCCUGUUGAUGGCGGCCGACAAGGUGGACAAUGGGCUGCCGUCCACCAUCCCCUACGUGACGGCGCGGGUGUUCACCAUGGAGGCCGUGUACAACUUCUCCGUGAACCCGCGGGACCGGCACUGGCGUCUACACCUACACAAAGGCGCUGAGCCAGGCGUACAUCAUCCGGGAGUUCUCCCUCCCGCCUACGCCCGCGGGGUUCCUUACCUCACCUUCACGCCGACGCCGAUGGGCAACGAGACCUACGCCUUCGUCAACGGCAUCGAGGUGGUCUCCAUGCCCGACAUCUUCGUCGACCCGGCGAUCAUGGUCGGCUUCGCGGACCAGACCGUGGACAUCGCCAGCUCCACGCUCCAGACCAUGUACCGGUUCAACGUCGGCGGCUCGUACAUCCCGCCCUCCAACGACUCCGGCCUGACCCGGCACUGGUACGACGACACGCCAUACGUGUACGGCGCCACGUCGGGUGUCACCUACAGGGCCGGCCCGCAUUUCCAGAUCAAGUACCCCAGCGAGAUCGCCGAGUACGCCGCGCCGCCGGAGGUGUACCUGGGCACCCGCUCCAUGGGCUCCGACCCGCGCCUGAACCAGAACUACAACCUCACCUGGACCAUGCCGGUGGACGCCAACUUCACCUACGUCGCGCGCCUCCACUUCUGCGAGCUGCUGCUCAGCCGGGCCAACCAGCGGGCGUUCGACAUCUAUGUCAACAACAAGACGGCGCAGUCCGACGCCGACGUGAUCGGGAUGACGUCGGAGAAGGGCGUGCCCAUGUACAAGGACUACGCGGUGUACGUGUCCGAAGAGCCUGAUGGCCAGGCCAUGUGGGUGGCGCUGCACCCGUCCGUGGCGCUCCGGCCGCAGUUCUACGACGCCAUCCUCAACGGCCUCGAGAUCUUCAAGCUCAACGACACCGCCGGCAACCUCGCCGCGCCAGACCCCGAGCCGUCCAGGUUGCUCGCCAAGGCGGAGCUGGGCGCUGGAGAGCACGAGGUGCCCAAGUCUAAGCCGCAUCCCCACAUGGCGAAGGUGAUGGGCGGCACGGCAGGCGGCGCGGCCGCGCUCGGGAUCGUCGCUGCGAUCUGCGUCGUGUGGUACCAUGAAAAGAAGAAGAGGGACGCAGCCAGCGCCGGCGGGUCGCACACCUCCGGGUGGCUGCCGCUGUACCACUCCCACACCAGCAACAAGUCGUCGGGCCACCUCCCGGCAAACCUUGCGGGCAUGUGCCGGCACUUCUCGUUCGCUGACAUCAAGGUCAGCCUCGCCGACUACGCGCUCAGCUGCCAGCGGAACGGCACCCUGCCGGACGUUGUCGACCCAGCCAUCAAGGACCAGAUCGCGCCGGAGUGUUUCAAGAAGGUCGCGGACACGGCCGAGAAGUGCCUCGCCGAGCAGAGCAUCGACCGGCCGUCCAUGGGGGACGUCCUGUGGAACCUCGAGUUCGCGCUGCAGCUGCAGGACACCUUCGAAGGAGGCAGCUGCGGGCGGCGGACCAUGGGUGACGGCAGCGGCAGCGGCACGGGGCGCCCGGCGCUCGAGCCGAGCAACAGCAACGGGAGCACGGCAAGUGUCACGACGCUGGGGACGUCGUCCACGUCACGGGCGCACGAGGCGUGCGUGAUCAUGGAGGAGACCGACGACGAGGUGGCUAACAGCGCGGCGUUCUCGCAGCUCGUGUGCCCAACUGGCCGGUAA